CAACACUACAAAUCUAUUACAUUUAUUGAGGAAUGAACUGAAAUAGAAUGGUAGCAUCCAGCACUGUAAACGAAGAAUCAGGGAUCGGAAUAGUUGAUGAAAUAGUAAAGAAGUGGGAUGUCAAUGAGUGCUGGCUUUAUUGUAUAGACUUCUUGGAGAAAACGGAGUCUCAACUACAAUUCAGAGUCAAAUGGAGCAUCCCUACACGACGGAAGCCAAUCCCAUCUGCCACUGCAGCUGUUUACUUCACUAUUGACACCAGCAAGAAAGACGCUGAUUUAUUCUACGUAUUAGAAGCCCAGCGACUCAUCCAUACGCCUGGAAAAUCAGUUUUCAGGGAGAAGUGGUUAAAAGACAUUAUUACCACUAAAACAAUGAUGAUGGAUGACGUUACAUUUUGAGCUACCAAUAUUUAGAUGCAUAGAAUCAUUAUUUAACUUCAUAAGAUGUGAUGGCAAAACCGAAAAUAAUUGGGGUUAAAUUUGCAGUAAUAUGAAGUCUAUUCUUCGCCCAAUAUUAUUAACUAAAGCUCAAGUGCAAAUAUCGUAAAUUUUAACCCUUUUCGUACGGAAUUAAAGAUCUAAUUUGUACUUGAAAUUUGUAUUAUAAUGAUAAUUGCCUAUGAUGAAUUAGGCAUAAGAUUUUA